GCCAUGACUGGAUCGCAGCCGAAAGAUUCUAAGGGACGGCGAGAUGGGACUUUCUCAAGCCUCCUUUCGGCCGUGCGUGCUCAGAGCGGAGAAGGAGCUGGCUUGAGAAAGUCAGGUGCUGUCACUGCAGGCCCACAGAAAUGGCAGGGAAAAAUGCAAGAGCCACAAGUGCAAGGCACACGAAGCGGAUAUUUGCACCCCAGAGUCCAUGAGGGCGGACAUGCUUUCUUUGGUUCCAAGGCAGUGCCAGAGAAACUGCCAGACAUGGAUAACGAGGGCAGGCCUUUCAAUUUGAAACUUGUUGUGGUCAACUUCAACAAUGCAGUGACCUUAGAACCGAAGAAGUUACGACAUUUGAAGGUGAAAGAAUUGACGAAAAGCAAAUACAAAGUCAUUGGCGUGAUAUACCAGAAUUGGGAAGCCUGGGAUGGCGAUGAAUGGUGUCAAGGCAUUCCAGAGGAGAGUGGUAGAACUCUUUUGAGUGCAGAUGAUGAGAUGACCAUCAAAUGUGCGUACCAUCGGAAUUGCUGCAUUUUGGACAAUGACAACUACAAGGACUGGCUCCAUUUGCUGCGUAAAGAUGAGAUCCGCGAGUGGUAUCAGUUCAGCAGAGGGCGGAUCCACAUGAAGUACUUCUUCGACAGUGUUGGAUUCUUCGAGACCUUAGAUGGAAAUGCAGUUCGGGGAGCAAGCGAGGAGAGAGAAGAGAGGGAGGAGAAGAGAAAGUCGCGGAACCGAAGCCGCGCACGGGUGGAGGAGGAAGCGCGGAAUCAAAGGUAUUCCGAGGACGCUUGGAGCGCUCCAAGUGGCAUCGACAACACUCCACCUGAAACAGCGGAAAGUUCAAUGCUUUCUGAUCCAGUUGGACUGCGCUAUGCACAGCAGCACAACAGAGCAAAGUUCAAUCUGUGGGGAGCGCAUCCACUUUUCUAUGCCCUUUGCAACUGGAGUGAGAAAGGGGAAUCCCUCAAGGCCUAUGCAGAACGGAAAGUUGGACAAGCAGCCGAGAUGAAGCGCUUUGGAGCUGCAUAUUUUGCUUCUGCUUCGCGGCAAGAUGCUUUGCCUCAGAUUAUUGUGGAAGCUCUGACUUCUGAGUAG